AGCAAAUACGGUUAGGCAAAAUAGUCUGUAAUUUAAUAUAUGUCGCCUAUGCGCUUAGUCUGUUUUAUACUGUAGCCUAUAAACACGUCUUUUCUUGGCGGAAGUAACCAUAUUUUUUCGAGAAUGUGUUUUUUCCCACCCACUUUCAAAAUUCGGCGCCCCAUUUUCAUUUUUGCGCCCCCCAAGAAUUGCCAGCUGGGGGGGCCGUGGCCCCCCGCCCCCCCCCCCUGCCAGCACGCCACUGCAAAGUUCUCAUCACCGACAUCACGUUGGCCAGUUUGGCAAUUGAUAAGAUAUCCUUUCUCCGCUCCUUCGAAUAUAGCCCAGCACUAAUGUCAAUGAGUAAUGUAAGUGCUCCUCGGCUCUUUAUUGGACUUAUUGAGGACUACACUUUUUCAUCGACUUUUUCGCCUCCCCUUGAACAAGUUAAUUAAGCAGGUAAUGCUUGACUGACCAAGCAGCAGAUUACUCUCCUAUUAUAGGCACAUAUGCUAUUUUUAAUUUCGCGGUCUUGUUUUUCAUACCUCAAUCUAUUUGUGGGACACUACGAUGUGCUGGCCGAAAUACGUAGUCAUAGAGUUUGAUAUGUCUGUGUUGGCUUCAAGCUAAUACAAUGCCAAUCUUGAUACUUUAGGCAGCACUAAUGGAGUAAUGUUGUUACACUCCAUAUUAAAUCCCGGACCCCGGUAAAACGUAAAACGGCCUUUUCUUUCCGCCCUCAUUUUGUCAUUUUAUUCACAACGGUAUUGUGUGUGAAGCAUGAGGAAAUAACCAAAUGAAAACGAGACUAUCGGGUUUAAUUAAUUAACACGGGGGCUGUAUACCCAGGAAAUGUGGGCUGUUUACCCAGGAAAUGUAAGGUAUUCGUGGAUGAACGCGCGCGUGGGAGCACGGACCAUAAUAUUCUGAUAUAAUAUGAAGUAUUUGAGAAAGCACGAUGCCACGUGUUCAUUUCACAAUAUGGCCGCGUUGAGAGAAGAUGGUAUUUUGUUGCGUUCGACAAACAGAGAUUUACUCUCUGCUAUUUUUAAAGAUACUAUUCCUGGUAAGCCGAAAAGCGUUUUUAUUUCGUUGAUACACUUUCUUGGAAUAAUAAAAUGUCACAGACUUUCAAAAAUACCAUGAAUUUUACUAAUUCGUGAAUGCGCAUAAUUUGACAUGUCGACAUGACUUUUGUGAUAGUUGAUACGUUGUACUAAAUUAUAAUAGUUUAUAAUGUGAAUGUUUCUUGCAGAUAAUUGGAAGGAAAAUCCAGAUUUUACCUACUACUUAUCAGAACUCAGCUCAUCAAAUAUUGACCGACUUGGUAAGUACUUUUCAUUGAUAAAAAAGUUAACAACGGCUAGCGGGCUAGCCACUGUUUAUACAGUAUGGCAACAAGAUGUGAGUUCCUGUGUGAUUAUUGACAAGCAGCCGAGCUGGCCAGGGUCUCCUACACUGGAGGUAUGCCAAAAUUUGCCCUUGAUCAUGCCAUUAUUUCAAAAAAAUUUACUUUGGGGGACUAAAUGCCUCAAUCAAUUCCAUGGGUGCCCAUCCCCCCCCCUGGCAUUUGUUGGGCAUUUUCAACUUUACUUGUUCCCAGGGUCGGGUUUUUGCUCUCUGCAGGUUAGCCCCGGGGUGGAUAAUUUGCUCGAGGCUAAAAAGUCGAGUAUUUGACGCUUGUUUUGCCAUUUAGACAUAUUUUAAUAUGCAUGUUACACAAGCGUGCAUAUUGCAUGGCGGACAUACCUACUUUGGACUUUUUUGUCCAUACUGUUGAUACAUUGCCUUACUUCUGCAGUUUGAUAUUGUUAUAUCAAGUUUUGAGACUUCAAUAUUUUAGUUAAAAACGUUUUGAAACGAAAUGGCUACAGAAUCGAUUUUAAAUGCAGAUAUAUUGAUAUGAGAUAGGGCCUGAAUUUCAUUUUUUGGUCCAGAAAUCCUCAGAAAACUUACAUUUUGUCCCCAAAGGUGGGGCAUUUGCAUCAAUGUAAGUCCCCAAGGGUGGGGAUUUUGUUGCAUAAUUUGGACCCCAUGGUGGGGCAUUUGCAACGUUGAAAAAUUUCGAACAUCAUACUUGUAUGGUCAUGGUCACAAGGCAGCCAUUCAUACAAAUAUUGUAUUGUAUGUAAAACGGUCUUUUUUUCUAUUUAAUAUACCAUAUGUUUAAUUUUAUGCUUGAUUUGUAAGUCACAGAACUAGGUUCAUCAAAGCACAAAAGAAAAGCCUGUGUUUUAUGGCAGAAAAGCCUGUGUUUUAUGGCAGAAAUGCCUGUUCUUUGUUGUAGCCUGCAAAAUGGUAUUAUAGAUUUAGGUCGGCACAACCUUGCUAACUAAACCUGUUUUGAAAAUCCUCUAGGCAUUUUUAUGUUUUCCUUGAAAACAGUUUUUACAUACACAUUUUCAAGGACAGUAUUUUUUUGUCAUGUUUUGGUCAUUAUCAGCAUGUUUAUGCGACUUGUCAGAAUACACUUCAUGAGUAUCAUCUUCAUUUACAAACCUAAUAUCUGAAAACAUGCAAACCUAGUGAGCAUGUGAAGAAAACAUGUUUGUAUCUUGACACAAACGUUCUUCAUCAAUUAUUUAGUACAUACUUCAGCCAAUCAAAAACGUUCUUAUAUCACAUAUAUAUUACAUACUGUAGUUGUUUUGCAGAUCUUGCACACACUGUUGUCCUAAUUAAGUCACAAAGGAGUUGAUAUUGUGUUUAGCUUAGAGUUCCUGUGAAUUGCAAUUUUAGCAAGUUAUACACAAACAGACCAUGCUAAAUGGAAAAUGGUAAAUGUUUGAAUGUCAACCCGGGGGAAACACUAAGAUGUUGACAUACAUGUAGUUUUAGUUUCUUUCUGCGAAUAAUAUGCUAACAUUUUAUGACAUUUAAUUCAAAUUAUUCAAUGCGACAUGGAUGUGAACAGAGUUUGCUUUUGGUCCAUCAUAACAAAUAAUCAUAAUUUGCAUAUAAGGUCAGCUUAGGUGGCUAUUAGCAUAUAUUCACUGACCCAACAAAUCUGAUUUUACAGUUUUACAAAAACAAAUUUGCAUAACUGAAUAUAAGCCCCUUUUCAUCCUUAGAUAUGCAGGUCAACUACUAGUAUAGAGGACACAUAUUGAUAAUAGCAGUAGCUGUACUGGAUUGUUCAUCUUGUGUAAAAGUUCUUAAAUAAUAUUACAAAACUACAAAGAGCUUAUUGUUUUGCUGUAGUUUCUGAACCUGAACGACUAUCAGAAGAAAGAUCUCAGUUGUUGGAACAGACACAAGAUCUUGCAUUUAAUAAUUAUAAAACCUUUAUUAAGACAGCUGAUUGUUCAAGAGAAAUUUUUCAAGAUGUAAGUACCGUACAAUUUUAUAUGUACCCAAGAUUCCACCCAUGCCCAUUUGAGUGAAUAAUAUGAUCUAGUUUUAGAUAGAUUUAACUGAAUGAUUCUUUUUGUUAGAGUUUAAUAAUACUAAGAGAUACAGUUAGAUGCAUGCAGCCUGAGCUUUACUUGGCUGGCUUUGGCAGGUUUGGUCAAUUUUGGGCUAGCAUUUGGUAUGUAUGUCACAGGCAAAAUGAGCAAAUGUGAGCAAGGUUUGAGUUAGAUACUCAGGGCUUUCCAACUCAGAAAAUUGCGCGCGCGGACAAUCGCGCGGGCAAAUCAAACUGCGCGCGCGAUUAUUAGUCGUUUAUUUUAUACGCAGAUUGACCUAGACAAAACAAUAACACAUCAAGCAGGUCAUGUCAAUGCAGUUUUACACAUAUGUUAGCAUGCAAAUAUUGACUUAAUAAAGUGGAAUGUGUAUAAUUCAACUUUUGAGAACGUUACAACAUAAGAAAUUGAAGGAAAAAGCACAAAUGCUCGUGAUAAAAUUUAUACAUCAUGAUUUCAAUGUUUCUGGAAGGAUACAUAUCAUCAAGCUUAGUUACUUACUGUACUUCUUGUUUGUACUUAAUUUAAACUUACUUUAAGGCUCUAUUAAUUAAUAGAAUUUCACUUAUGAAUAACUAUAAAUUAGUAUAAGUAAAGUUAUAAAAUUAGAAUCAGAUGAAAGUACGCGGCAAAAUUCCGGUUCAGAGUUUGCAAAUGACAGCUAUACAAUAGCAUUAGAGCUCUUUCAUUAAAAAAAAACUUUCAGCAUGUUUUGCUAUGUAAAUUGGAAGGUGCGAACCGCUAAAUUUGUAUUCUUGAAGAAAGUAUAAUGUCAAUCGUCACUAAUAACAAUAAAAAAACAAAUGUCAGAUCUAUUUAUAACUUUUAUCAAAAAGUUUUACUCUUCACUCGCAGGCUGCGUGCUUUCUAUUGCGAUGGCCUUCGCUCUCCAGAUGCCGAUUGACUGUGUGCUUGCUCACAAAGCUUGUUCCCUCAAUAUAUGAUUUGACGGACUUCUUAACAGGCUAUUUGCAGUUUGGAUGCUGAAAUAAAGCAUUUUCAUUGCGCUGACAAAAGUUUGCACUAAACAAAAUUAACACACACAUUGCCCAUCGUUGAUCGUCUUCUAGCCAAUAACACCAUUUUCCCCCACUUCAUAAAAGUUGCCAAGAUCCACUUUAUUGCCUUUGGUGGCCAUCUUCAAUUAUAAACACCCUAACUUUGAAAGAAUACCGAUAAUAUUGCGCUCUCUGUUAAAUAAUGUAAAGUUCUAAACUGUCAAAUGAAAUUUGGUUUUGUUACAUGAUAUCUUAAUUAAUUCACCGUGUGUCAACAUUGUAACGCGCGAUUAUCCUUAAAUCAAAUUUGUGUGCGCGAUAAAUCGCGCGCCCAGAUUCACGUGGGCGCGCGCUGGCGCGAUCGCGCGCCCCCAGAGGAAAGCCCUGGAUACUGUAGUUUAUGGACUCUUUACACUCCUGGGUAAAGUCAUCUGGUGUUAAACAGAUGUUUGUGAUGUUAUUAGAAGACUAGGUAUGGGUGGAGUCCAUCCCUGGUGGAGCUAACCCUGUCAAGCAUGUGUCUUGUUUACUCUGCAUUUGCCAGUCAUGCUUUUAUUUAAUGUUUAAUAUAAUUCAGAUACAGAAAUUGCCAUGCAGAAAAAAAUACAAUUUUUAAUUUGUAUUAUGUUCUAGUUUAUUCAUGUUGAAACUGAAGUUGACUCCUUAUUGAAUGCACUCCCAUCUUUUAUUGAGAAAUGUAAACAAUUCCAAGAAGCUGGACAAGAAAUCAAUUCACGGUAAGGUCACCUAAGUAGCAAUUAAAACUGUCUAUUUAGAAGCAACCUGUGUUUUUUCGAGAUGAAUUGUAUAAUCAUAUAAUUAACAAGUUUUUGGAAAACUAAAUCACUUUAAUAUGUAACUUUAACUCAACUGUCACUACUACAUAAUGUGGAGUUUGACUUUAUUUAAAAUUAAAACCUGUUAUGUUUUAGACGUUAUUCAAAUUCUAUGAUACUUGGUAGACACACCCAGUUGCUGGAAGUACUGGAAAUCCCACAGGUAUUUUAAUUAUUUCACUUGUUAACAGAAGUUUGCUUGAUGUUGGUUUUCUUGAAAAGAAGGCUGGAAAUUGUCAUUUUUUCAUAACAAGUCACCAGGCUGAAGUAGGUUAAAAGCAAUGUAGCAGUAGCCGUAAUUAUGUUCUGAUUAAAUAGAAGUAAAAAAAACGUGAAUGAUUAUUCAAACAUUCAUACAUUACAAAUUUCUUGCAACCUUAGUUGUACUGCUUCCAUAAAAUAACUGAAGUAUUGAAGAUAGAAUGAUAGAUUAAAGGCCAUGUUUCUCGAGGCAUUUUUUCGUACAAUGCAAUUUCAUGCACAGAUCUAUAUUAUGUACAUAUAUAGUUAUCAUUGCUGAACAUUGUCGGCAUGUCCCAAGCUGUAAAUAGAAAUUAAAAUAUCGGUGGGGUGAAACAGUGGCUAUAUGUAUCUGCAAUUGUGUGUGUAUAAUUUUAAUCAAAAUAAUUUCUCCCAAUAUAGUUGAUGGAUACAUGUGUAAGGAAUGGCUACUACGAAGAAGCUUUAGAACUAUCUACAUUUGUUAAACGACUAGAGAAGAGAUUUGCUAGCAUCACUGUCAUCAAGAACAUUAUUACUGCUGUAUAUAAUUCAAGUCAGCUCAUGCUUGUCCAGUUAUUACAACAGCUCAGAACUAACAUACAAUUGCCACAAUGUUUGCGGAUAAUUGGCUACUUGCGAAGGCUUGAUGUGUUUUCUGAAACUGAACUGAGAAUGAAAUUCUUACAAGCCAGAGAUACUUGGUUAUCUAGUGUUCUCUCCGCUAUACCCCACGACGAUCCAUAUCACCAUAUAAGUAAGACUAUUGAAGCUAGUCGUGUUCAUUUGUUCGACAUUAUUACUCAGUACAGAGCAAUUUUCUCUGAUGACGAUCCAAGUUUAUUUGGUGAUGACGAUGACAGUUCCUCCAACAGUGGCUUGUUUCAUGCCUGGAUUGUUCAAAAGGUAGCACUUCAUUAGAAACCUACAAGGCAAAUUACUUGAUCACAUGCAAUGGAAAUGUAUUGCAAGAUUGCUUAAUUAAACGAAAAUAUAAAUUCUAGCUGCACCAGUGCCGAAAAAUAUCCAAUAAAAUGUAAUACAGUAUAUUGUAAAACACCCAUUCUCCUGUUUUACAAUUACAGUGUGACGUCAAUCACGUCAUAUAGUUCCCUGGGAAGGUUUUGCCCUGGGGCCUGCACGAGCUCUCGGCAGCCUUGGAUGCCACGUUGUGUUUUCAACAAUAAAAGUUUACAUCAUGACAAGUUGCUAACUAUUUUCAGAUCUCUGCAUUUCUGUCCACUUUACGCGACGAUCUAAAGAGAGGCGUUGGAAACAGAUCGGAUUCAUUGCUAGGACAAUGCAUGUACUUUGGAUUAUCCUUCAGCAGAGUUGGAGCAGAUUUUCGAGGGCUACUUGCGCCUCUCUUUCAAGAAGCUGCUUUGUCUUCUUUCUCUUUUGCUAUGGACGCUGCUGCGCAGAGGUAAAAUUUAAUGUCCAUUAUGCCCUUGUCUUGCAGAUUUUUAGUUUGACUUCCACUCGUCAUGCCUCAUUUAUCAUUUAUUGAACUUUAACUGCAGUUAGCAAUUAAAAUAUUAAAUAAAUACGCAGUAAGGAGAGGCAUGCAACAGGCCCAAACAGGGCAAGCCUCCUGGAACCAUCAUCAAGACAAUAUUCUCUGUUUUAACAAUGAUAGACUAUAUUUGUAGAAAGUUUGGUGCGUAUACCUUUUUUGUACCGAAGAUUUCUUUUCAGGCUCUGAUAAGUCGAACAUGAAAUGAUUACGCGAAAAUGUCACCAUGUACAAAAGCUGCAUCAAAAUGCGCAGCAGAAUAGAAAACGCAUGCAAUGAAACGCUUGCAAGAAAACGCAUGCUUGCGAUUUUUGAAAAAGUCGUUUCAAAAAUCGUAAGAUGAAAUCAAUGCCCAGCAUAAUCCAGGUAAUUAAAUAAACCAUCACAAAAUGAAAUUUUAAAAUAUUUACUAAGUGUUUCGUCCAUGGCCUUUGGUCAAUAUCAGGACCAUUAACUGCAAACACACAAUCAACUAGCAAAAAUCAAUGUACUUCAUGUUUUCAGUAGUGAGUCCUUGCUUAUACUAAAGGUAAAAUGGACAGUUCUGUUGGGAGCCUCUGCAUGUGCCAUCAUAAAGUUCUGUUGUGAAUGGAACAAUUGUUUAUUUUAUCUAGUUUUAAAGCGACGAUGAAUGGCUACCAACUUGUUUCAGUUCCUCCCACUCUGACAUCAACCAUCUUGGCCUCGACACCAAGCAAGGUUAGAAUAUAUUCAUGUUUAAGGUGGCUCGAUACAGUUUUCAAAAAUUCAGGUGUUUAACACUUUGACAUGUUCAAACUACGCAUUUUUAGGAUUUAUUCAGCAGAUAUUGGGUUUUUUAUAUAUUUUGAUAACUCUACUUUCAAACGAUAUUAGUUUUAGUAACAGAUAGUUCGUUGCUAUGACGACAUACGUGUACGAAAUUCACUCCAAAAUGACCUUAUCGUCUCGUAUAGUUGGAAAAAAAGCAUGGUGACCCCCAAUUUUUUUUCGUGCAUUAUUUUACUUGGACGAAAAGCUAACAAUUAGCAAAAUAUAAAAAAAUUCUGUAAUGCCAUUUUUUUGGAAAAUGCGAAAAUGUCAUAUUCUUCGGUAAAUUUUUUUUGGCAUUACAGAAUUUUUUUAUUUUUUGUAUAAUGAAAGUUUUUAGCAGUGCAAUACAGCAUGCAAAAUUUCAACAUAGGUCACCAGACAAAAUAAAGAGAUAUAGCGCAUUGACAUAAAACGCUAUAGAACACGCGCAAUGGCGUGAUAUGGCGCGAGCAACUGCUCACGUCAAGUCAUUUUGGAAGUUCUUUCAUUUUGUUAAUCAGUUUCCGCGACCUGCGCGACUUGUGCGCGUAAAAAUGGUCACCCGGUUUUGAGUUCGCGAUUCUUGAGCAGAGUUUUUGUGAUAACUAUAUCGAGCCACCUUAAUCUGUAUUUAACAGUUGAUUUCUACAAAGUUUUAUGGGGUAUCAACGAUUGAAUACUUCUUCGUUUUUGCUGCCGAGGGCAGCGAGUGAGUAUAGCAACUCAUAUGGUGGAACUGUUAAUGUUGUUUUGGUACACAUUGUUGUGGUGCAAUGGCACCUAAUUUCUUGAGAUGUCCUUGAGAAAUUUUCGUAUAAUUUCGUAGAUGCAUACUUCGAACGAGACACCUCCAGUUGUACUGUUAGAGCAUCCUCCAUUGGCGACCUUUACCAAUGCUGUUCUGGCUGCAUUAAAUGAUCUUCGUCUUUGUGCACCACUUGGAAUUGCUCAUUCUGUGACAAAAUGUCUGCAAAAUUCGCUUGGCAUUGUUGUUGCCGAAACAACUUCGUUUUACCGGUAAGUUAAAUCUUGUUUAUUUGCUAAUUUAGUCUCGGGGCUGUCGAAUGUUGCUUUUUGAGGUUAGUGAUAUCUGCAUGUCUGUAGAUAUCUGUUUGCAGAAACGUUGAAACGAUUUUAAUAGAUUAUAUAUUUCUAACAUUAAUAGGAUAAUCUUGAACAGUCUGUCCUUCGUGUAGGUAGUGCCAUGCAAUAACAGGGUUCCUAGCGGUCUUUGAAAUCCUUGAAAGUCUUUAAAUUUGAAUGCAGGUCUUUAAAGUCUUUGAAUUGUGUGAAAAAGCGAAGAAAGUCUUUAAAUUCUUUAGUGAGUAUUUGAUUUACGGCACUAAUUACUUGGUAAAAAUGGUGCUUACACGCGCAAUGUUUCGACAGCUGAUUGCUCUCAAAAGUCUUUGAAAAUACGCAGAAAAAAUCUUAAAAGUCUUUGAACAUUUUUGGUCUUGGAGAGUGGACUACGAACCCUGAAUAAUAACAACAACUUCUGGUGAUAGGGAUGCAACUAUUGUACCUGAAGAAUACAAGGAGAACCUCGACGAAGGGCCUUCGCUCGGAACGUCGAAGUUCGCCUUGUAUUUUUCAGGUACUUACAUCCUUAUCAACCGCCGAAGUUUCGAAGUUGAUUGUACUGAUAAGUUGAAAGGAGUAUAAUUGUUUUAAUUGUACCGUAUUCCCUAGUGAAUAAAAGGGGACCGUAGAAAUAAAGUAAAUAAUACGACGGGUUUAUUGUAAGUUUGGUAUUGGAGGCUGAUCUCGUCUGUCUUUGUUUUGUUGUAUAGCACGGAAUGUACUACCUUGAACCACGAAGAGAAAGAACUAUUUCAUAAGUUUUGUGUUGUCUUGGCCAAAGAACUUGUACCCUAUUUAAAUAAAUGCGUUCAAAUUCUAUUUUCAUCAAAAUCAAUGGGAAUUACCAAGAGUGCGUCUUCCAUUAUUUCUUUGGAUAUUGACAAGCUUACUAAUCCUUUGUUGCCAAUGAUGCCAGUCAAUGUGGUGGAACCCACUGUAGACACUGAACAUCACCAUAAUGUUGAUGCCUUGACAGACAGCAAUACUGAAAAUAACCCAGUCUCGAUUACUCAGUCGGAUUCUGAUGAUCGAUUGGCUGGCAUAGAAGAAAACGCAGCAAUUGAAUCAGAAAACAACGAAUCAAGUUCUCAAGACGAACGACAAAGCACUGAUGAUAUUUCCUCUUCAGAACACUCGGAAAUUCCAAUAAACGUUCCAAGCUAACAAAUCCAGGAGUACAACAAGUAAGAGUUUUCCAUGUUUUAAAGGGUCUUUGAUUCUGUUAAGCAGGGGGAUUCAUCUUAUAUAUAUAUAUAUAUAUAUAUAUAUAUAUAUAUAUAUAUAUAUAUAUAUAUAUAUAUAUAUAUAUAUGCAUCGCUUAAAUAUUCGUCCACCACUAUCUAUUUUAUCACUGUAACUACUUAAACCUACAAUUUGCUUGCCAAAAAAUAUUAUAUUAAGAUAUCUUGAUUUCGAUUUAAAAUGCGAAAAGAUGAAAAAAUGAAAAGAAGAAGAUAUGAAAAGAUGCGAAAAUCAUAUGAAUUUCCCAGUUUGCCAGGAUCAAAUAACCGGCCGUAUAUCGAUAAGAAUUAUCGUAUAACACAGCAAACAGGCAAAUUUCAAUAUUUAUCAAAUGCAAGUUGCUAUGGGAUCCGGUCAAAAAUUACGUGCUAUACUGUAUCAUCUUUAAUCACUGCCUAGGCCUCCUGAA